UGUGUCGCACUGAAACCGGAAGUUGUUGGUACACUGCUGCAAAAAAUGUCCCAGCUAAGCCGAAUGAAUGGAUGUUUGAUGCACUGAGGUGCCUUUGCUCACGACUGUCCAAGAUGACAUGAACCUUUAAGCUCAUAACUAAACUCCAACGCUCCUGUCUUCCACGAUCUCCCGCCUCUGGGUACCAUGGCAACGAGGAUGAAGCUGAAGCUUAAGACUGUGUUUGUGCUCUACUUCAUGGUCUCCCUGAUGGGCCUCGUCUAUGCACUGAUGCAGCUUGGUCAGCGCUGCGACUGCCAUGAGCACGACAUGCCCAAAGACCGCACCAUAUCUCGGCUGCGGGGGGAGCUGCACCGUCUUCAGGAGCAGAUGAGGAAGUCGGAGGCGACCAAGCAACCACAGAAACAGCCAGCCAAGCCCACCAUCUUUGUCAUCACCCCAACAUAUGCAAGGCUGGUGCAGAAGGCUGAGCUGACUCGUCUGUCCCAGACCUUCCUCCAUGUUCCUCAGCUCCACUGGAUUUUGGUUGAGGACUCGCCGCACAAGACGCCACUGGUGACUGACCUCCUGGUGAAGAGUGGCCUGACCUACACACACCUACACAUGCCCACCGCCAAGGAUCGCAAACUGCAGGAGGGUGACCCCAGCUGGCUGAAGCCUCGUGGGGUGGAGCAGAGGAAUGAGGGUCUACGGUGGCUCAGAGAGGACAGAAGGGCUCAGCCCGGAGGAGACAACCAGCAGGGAGUGGUUUACUUCGCUGAUGACGAUAACACAUACAGCCUGCAGAUAUUUGAAGAGAUGAGGAAUACUCAGCGGGUGUCAGUGUGGCCGGUGGGGCUGGUUGGGGGGAUGAAAUAUGAGAGGCCCGUGGUUGAAGGAGGAAAGGUGGUUCGCUUCCAUACUGGAUGGCGUCCCAGUCGCCCCUUCCCGAUGGACAUGGCCGGCUUUGCUGUGUCCCUCAAACUGGUCCUGGCCAAUCCUGAGGCCUGUUUUGACGGAGAUGCACCAAUGGGCUUCCUGGAGAGCAGCUUCCUUCAGGGGCUGGUUACCAUGGACGAGCUGGAGCCCAAAGCGGACAACUGCUCUAAAGUGCUGGUGUGGCACACACGGACAGAGAAGCCCAAGAUGAAGCGAGAGGAGGCUCUGCAGGCUCAGGGACUGGGUUCAGACCGCGCAGUGGAGGUCUGAGGAACACGCACACACACGCGCACACACACACACACACACACACACACACACACACACACACACACACACUGUAAAGCGUAUUCUGCUGUUUAAUGCUGCAUAUGUAACUCUGCGUUGUAAAUACUGUAAAACAGAAAAAAAUAUCUGUUAGAGGUCACAUUUAAAUUUAUCUGGUCUUUUUUUUGUGUCAGGUAGUAAAACGUAUGUGUGUGUAUAUAUAUUGGGUGAGUGUGUGUGUUGUUCCAACAGUGUAAGUUAGUAUGUGUAUUGGAGUUUGUUUUUGUUGUUUUGUUUUUUUUUUGCUUUUUAGUGAGUUAGGUGUAUUUGUCCAGCAGUGCAGUGGAUAUGGACACUGGAGUUUAAGCAGUUGCCUGCUGGGGGCGCCAGUUUUAAAUUUUGCAAAGCCAUGCUGUCAAACCACCAGGACAUUUUUCCUCAAAGCUGGAGGAACAAUGCAUCUGAUUAUAGGCGUCCAUGCUUGCAUCAGUUGUAGGGUUUGACAUGUUUACUUGUGCUCAGUUUAAAUCCUGUAGUGUAACUCACGAUCCCGAUGGUACUUAGAUAUUUUUAUGGCUCAGCUACACCUGUCUCCAGCCUCCUGUCUCUGAUCUGAUCUGCAACCAGCAUCACCAGUGCAGCCACUAACAUAACUUGACUGAUUUCUGACCGAGAUACGGAGCACUUUAUUCAUGCAUGGCUUCUACUUUUGCGUGAUUAGUAUCUGUAAGACUGUAUUCAAUCACAUAGAUGUUUUUUUGGUCACAUGUCAAAGAACAUCACCGUCAUAGGCAUGAUAAUAAUCUUUAAACAGCCUGUCUAAUCAAAGCGUCUGCAUUUGCUAUCAAGGUAAAAGUAUUGUGGAGCAAAGGUGCUUUUUUGACAGUUAACAAUAUUCAUAACAUACAAAAGCCACAGAACUCACAAAUUAAUUAAGAAAUGUGCUAAAUAGUUGCUGCCUUGUAUUUAUUAUGCUCUCAUACAUCUGUGUCACACUUGCAGCUUCGCAACACUGUGCUGCAACAUGGACAACAACAAAUAGGGAGAUGCAAUGGUUCCACACCCAGUGUAACUUUAGUGUUAAAGCUCAGAGCGCAACUGCUGGUUUCCAGUAGUAUCAUAACAACAGCUAGUUCUAGACAGCUUUUUUAUAUUAAUAUUUUUAGUGAUGCUUUUUAAAACCCAUUAGGCUUGUGGAGUCCAUUUAGAAGCCCUGAGUGUGGGCAGAACGCUGCUGACGCUCGUGUAAAUCCCUUAUGCAAUAAACAAAUAAAACACGCCGUCCAUGUUACAUUUUCACACUCUGAUGACAAGAAAAAGACUCGAAUUUGCCUUUAACAGGCAGGAAAUCCCUGGUACUUUACAGUAGCAGCGUUACAGAGGUAUAUUUGAGAACAGCUUCAGAUAUAAAUUGAACUCCUUGUGCUGUGCUUGAUAGAGAGGAGAAGCCCCUCCCCUUCUGGUCGCCCACCAUGGGACCUUAUUUCAGAUUAAAAUAUGUAUGGCAUUCAGCGGCCAGUGAUAAAGAAUUUUUUGAUCCUACCAGACAGCGAUGGGGGAGGAAGACAAAGUGAGAAGGAAAGAAACUAAUAUCAUUUAAGAGGUGCUGCAUAAUUUACAUGCUAUUCUCAUAUGUGUAUGAUUUAGAUAUACAAUUAUCGCUAAUACCAAUAUGUCACAACCAAAAUUACCCAUUAACAAAUUACACAUAUGAUGUCUCUUAAUUUCGAAGAUCAUUUUUCAAGGAAAGAAAGUUGCAGUUUGUUGUAAAACUGUUGAAGUACAAGACUAUGAAAAUGCAUAAUUAGAAAGGCUACACACCUAAAUGUCACGUGAUUAAUGUCAUAAAACAAACUUUUCUCUCUUGUCUUGAACAUACUAACUCUCCUUUCUCAUAGCUGCUGCUGUCGUCAUGGCCAGACUUGUAAUGACGUUCACCUCUUUUAAUAUUUAUGCCCUCCCUCCGGAAGAACAAAGUAAAGUGUGCCACGGUAAUGGCCACAUUGGUGUUGGUGGUGAGAGGAGUGAUGUAGUUCACCCAGCAGUUUUACACAAAACUAAAUGGCGCUACAAUGAACUGCAGCUUCUUUACUUGCAAAAUUACCUUCUAAGUUCACAAACGCGCAAUUCAUGGCACUAUUCAAACAGGAUUUUUUUUUCCAAAAUAAGGUCCUAUGGGGACACCAGAAGGGGAGGGAGGGACAUCACUUCUCUGUUAUCUUCCAUGACUUCCUCAGAAGUUGGAAGAAUAAAGAGCGAAAUAGCAUCACAGCUCAACAAGUGCUCCUCAGCUACUGUUGUAUGAUACUGUAAAAACAGCUAGUGCCUGCUUAAGUGUAAUUAGUGCCUGUAAGUCAAUUCUCUACCGGUGUAUCAUGUAUUUAUUACUGUAAUAUUGUUCUUUAUAUUGUACAAUGUGAUAAUGUCUGUCCUUGGCCUUGAAAAUAAACCCUAG